ACCAUUCGCAUCAUAUUCUACUGUUCUAGAGGAUCUGUUUAAUAAACGAGUGGAUCUUAAAUCAAAGUUUGCCCUACUACGCAAAGAGAAGGAGCGUCUUGAAAAGCUUAUAAGCACCAUAGAAGAGAAGG